AUGCCUGUGAGAGAACGCAACGGCCUGCAAAGUGUAAAAUUAUCAAGAAUGGUGUAUCCUCAACCAGAUGGUCUAACACCCUCUAGGAAAGAUGUCCUUGUCAUGACCCCUUGGAUGGCUCCCAUCAUCUGGGAGGGGACUGUCAACACGGACAUCGUGAAUGAGCAGUUCCAGCUCUGAACCACGACCCUCAGAUCGACUGUAUUUUCUGUGAGGUCCUACACGAUCUUCCUAAAGCAGUUCUUGCAGUCCGCUGAGACGUACUUCCUGGUGGGACACAGGGUGAACUACUGUAUCUUCACUGACAAGCCAGAGUAUGUUCCUCAUCUCAGCCAACAAGAAGGGAAGCAGAUCAUCAUCCUCGAGGUCCCGAGUUAUACCCGUUGGCAGGACGUCUCCACGCACUGCACGGAGACCAUCAGCAAUUUCUCCCAGUGGUGCUUGUGGCGGGAGGUGGCUUACCUCCUGUGCGUGGAUGUGGACAUGAGCUUCAGCAACCACAUGGGCGUGAAGAUCCUCGCCUCCCUGUUUGGGACUCUCCAUCUCGCCUACCUUGGGCUCAAUCAGACCGACUUCCCCUAUGAAUGCCAGCCUCAGUCACAUGCCCAUAUUCCUGAAGAUGAGGGGACUUUAUUCCAUAGGGGUCUGAUUGGGGGGUCAAUGUCAGAGGUUUACAGGCUGACCAGGGCCUGCCACGAAACCAUGACGGUGGACCAAGCCAACCACAUCGAGGCCGUGUGGCAUGAUGAGAGCCGUCUGAACAAAUACCUCCUUUCCCACAAGCCCUCCAAGGUCCUCUCCCCCUAG